AUGUCAAAAUUAAGAGUGAUUGAGUUACUUCUAUCCAUCCCCGUUCAUAAAUCCACAGGAGACGAUGGCAUUAGCGCCAAAAUAAUGAGAAUAGCAGCACCAGCUAUAGCCGAACCAUUAAGCCAGCUGAUGAAUCGUUGCAUAAACACUCAAACGUUCCCCUCAAAAUGGAAGGUUGCUAAGGUCACCCCAAUAUAUAAAGGGAAGGGAAACCGAGAUGAAAAGUCUAACUACAGGCCUAUAUCAGUGCUUCCCAUUUUAUCUAAGCUACUGGAAAGGCACAUAUGUGAACAUAUGUAUGGGUUUCUGCAACAACGAAACUUAUUUUAUCGACUUCAAUCCGGGUUUCGUAAACACCAUUCGACUGAAACUGCACUCAUCAGACUCAUUGACCAAUUGCUACUUGAUCUGGAUAAAAACAAGGUAACUGGACUAAUUUUUGUAGACUAUAAGAAAGCCUUCGAUCUGAUAGACCAUCAACUGCUCCUUAACAAGUUACAUAAUUAUGGCAUUCAGGGGGAUGAGCUAAACCUCUUAAAAGACUAUCUUAGAAACCGUUGGCAGUAUGUAAAUAUUAAUGGUUCCCGUUCUCCGAAAAUAGAGGUGAAAUGCGGUGUGCCACAAGGAAGUAUUUUGGGUCCAAUCUUCUUCCUUUUGUUUAUCAACGAUCUUCCGUCAGAGGUAUUCCACUCCGAGGUCGACAUAUAUGCGGAUGAUACUACCCUUAGUCACUCCGCAGAAGUGGAUUUGACACCUACAGCCAUAGAAACAGCACUACAGCUUGAUUUGGACGGCAUU